CCGCCAAAUUAUCGAAGCCCGACGCACGACUGAAAGCAACACGACGAACGACAGCCGACGACCGACGCGACAAACCCCGACCCCGACGACUAACCCAACCUCCACCCCGCACGAUCAAAAUGUCCUACGAAGUCAAGGCUUCUCAAUGGCGGCUCGUUGAAGUCGGACGCCUCGUCCUGAUCAACGACGGCCCCUCCAAGGGAAAGCUCGCUACCAUCGUCGAGAUUAUCGAUCACAAGCGCGUCCUGAUCGACUCCCCUGAUGCCGGUGUCCCCCGCCAGUCGUUCCCCCUCGCACACGUCAGCUUGACCAGUAUCAUUCUGACGACGCUGCCCCGCGGAGCCCGCACCGGUGUCGUCGCCAAGGUCUGGGAGAAGGAGGGUGUCGCUGAGAAGUGGGCCAAGUCGGCGCUCGCCAAGCGCAUCGCCUCGACCGAGAAGAGGUGGGCUCUGAACGACUUUGACCGAUUCAAGGUCAUGGUCCUCAAGAAGCAGAGGCGUUUCGAGGUCAAGAAGGCUGUUGCCAAGGCCGCCAAGGCUUCCGCAUAAAUGUACUGCGGAGCUUGGGUGGUGGUGGAGAGUCGGUGGGUGAACACAAAAAUUGAACAUCUCUUCCGGCGUCCACCGAUUGUACUCUUUUUUUUUCCAUAAAUGGGAUGGGUCUGCUUUUGUGAGCUCGGCGUUGAAUCUUUUCGGGCGGGGGGUCGCGAUGAAUAAAUCGCCAAAUCAAGGACAAACUCUACCCUGCUCGAACAGCUGUGAUGUAGCAAGGAGAAACUGCAUUUUGUGGAGUAUGGAGA